AUGCCUGUUCACUCCGAUACGGCCCCUAAAGCCAACUACCAACCAUUUCCAGUUCCUCCGAGGAUGGCCUCUUCUGGUUAUCCGAGAAUUUCCUUGCCUAUGGCACCAUUGGUUCCUAUGAUAACCCCUCUGAUUCCUUUGACCUCAAUGGCAGCCUCUAUGGCAUCAAUGGCAGCUUCCAUGGCCUCGAUGGCGGCUACCAUGGUCUCGAUGGCUCCUUUGGCCUCAAUGGCUCCUUUGUUCCCGAUGGCUGCUGAGAUUUCACCAAGAUCUCCAGCAGCUAAACCAAAAACUCCGCAGAUGGCCUCUCCUGCAAAGCGUUCACUGCAAAAAUGCACGAAGCCGGCGGCCCACACUGAUGUAACCGACUGCUACCCUUCUGUGGGUUACUAUCCACUGAUCUAUUACGUUAAUAAUGCCAAUGUUAACGCACAACAAAGAGAAAAGGUCAGGAAGAGCACCAAUAAGGGUGAAAAUAAUUUAAAAACAGGUUUGAAUGACUCCAAGAAGGGUAUUAAGAAGAUUCCUACCUCUGCCACAAGCCCAGCCUUCAAUCCGGAAAUUAGAUUGAUUUCAUCAGAAACUAAUUCGAACCCUCCUCUUUUGGAUGCUGUAUCUACAGAAGGAACUCACUCAUCCAACAGUGCAAAUACGUUGGUCGAGGUGAGCUCAAAGUCCCCAGUGAAAAACAAAUCACUUGAGGCACCGACUGAAACAGUCGAGUCAACAAUCAAGGCACCAGCCAAAAGAUCAAUAAAGGAAACAGCCGAGGGUGCAGCCAAAGUACCAGCCGAGGUACCAGCCGAAGCCAAUACCUUGGAACCCAUCGCUAGAGAACAAUCACCAAAGAAAAUUGCAAGACCAAAAAUAAAAUCACCACUUCAAGUCAUUGCUUCCUCAGUCGUAGAGGCUCCAGCUUCACUAAUCUCUAGAGGAGCCGGAAACUUGCCAACAUCUAAGAAAACUCCAAGCCAGAUUGAGAAAACAUGUCUCAACGUAGUUGCAGACAAGGAAACCGAAGAGAACUUGCAAAGGCUUAGAGUGAAGUAUAAGAACAUCAUGCUAACCGAAGAGGAAAUAAUCAAGAUUUCAGAGCUGCCAGAGCAAGAAAAUCAUGCAACAGCUACCAAAGGCCUACUGAAUCAUCCUCCAGAAAUUCACCAAGGAACUCCCAAGGUUAAGCAUAGAGCAGCACCAAAGUUCAAGAGUAUGCCUAGACUUAAGCCUCAGCUCCAGCCUAAUUUAUCCCUCAAUGCAGAGCCAGUUCCCAAUCCUGAACUAGUCUCUCUGGCAUCUCCCAAGCUUGAACCAUUUUUUAAUGCGACCCAUAAUGCUAAUAUCAUACCUGAGAUAAUUCAUAGGGUUGAGCAUAAAGAAGCUUCACAGAUUGAGUCUAAGAAAACUUGUGACCCUAAGAAAAAGGAAGCGAUGAAGGUAGAAGAUGCACGUAAAGAAACUUCUAAGCCAUGCAGACCAGAGCUUCAGAAGGGAAUAAAAGAGAAGUACAAAGAGCAGCAUCUGAGAGCUGAGAAGUUGAUUGCAGAGAAAGAAAAAUCAAACCCAAGGAAAAUGACAGAGAAAGAGGAAAGAACGUCAAAACUCAAGGCUAUGAAAAAAGCCAAGGCUGAAGCAGAAUCAGCCAUACAGAAAGAUGAAGGUGUUCGCAAGAAAUACAAUGUUCGUGGCAAGACUUUUGAGAUCGAUCCAGAAAGCCAAAGGUUAUACAACCUCCUUGUAGCCAGAACCGUACCGAAAGGAAGAAAAGCCACAUCCAUUGAAGAGAUAGAAGCCAGACGCCAAGGAAUCGAGAAUAAGGAUCUUCCACCGCUGUCAGAUAUCGACAAGUUUGGUUUCGAGUAUGCUCUAAAGAUGCAGGACGAAAGAGAUGAAUUAGCCACCAAAAACAGAGACGUCAAUGUGAAGGCUGAACUCCUAGUAAAAAUUGUCGAUGGAGUGACCAAAGACUUCGUAUGCGAUCCUGAAUUGAACAAACUGUGCUCAGAGGGUUAUGGACAUCAGUUAACAAAGCUAUCCACCGAAGAGAGAAUAGACCGAAAAUAUAGGGCCAUUCUUCGUGCCCUUGAUGAGAGUGGACCACAAUCAAGCCCUAGAGAGUAUCUUACUCUCCCCAAGACCAUUCACGGUAUUCCAUUUAAAGAGAUUGAUGAGGCAGUGUGGGGUGACAAGAAACUUUCACAGAGCAAGGACUCAUUCACUGCCACUGUGAGUAGUGUGCUUAACAAUUGGUUUCAAACAAUUAUAGAAGGGGAUGCUUAUAAAGAAGACCCUGAGAUGGCUAUGAUUGUAUCCACAAUAGCAAACACUGCUUGGCUAGAAGAAACUAUUAAUCAAAUAUUUUUGAAUGAAGAGCAGAGGAACAAUGCAAAGCCCACCACAACAAAGAAGAUCAAUCAUCUAGCUCUAGAGCAUUACAAGGGCAAUCUUUUGCAUCAAGGAAACGAGAAAAGCAGUUCGGGAGAAUACCAGCCUUUAAGAUCACAUCGCUUACCCCAAAGGGUGCUCGGUGAAUGGUUUAGCAAGUUUGGCAAUGCGAUCUUGGAAUCAUUUCCACAGAACGAGCAGCCGAACCACUGA